CUGCCUGUGCACCACCUGCAAAUCUGUCAUCUACGCCACGCGCAAGCAGAGAGCGAGAGCAGAGCGAGCGGCAGAGGAGGGCGGCUCCACCACCACCAGUCAGUCAGUCAGUCAGUCAGUCAGCAGAGAGCAGAGAGCAGCAGAGGUUUUCAUCACUUCAGCCGGUGCGUUCCAGUACGUCGCAAUAAACACAGUGCCGUGCACUUUGCCAUGAGACACAACCUGUCCUGAAGGUCCUCUAACUCCAUGCAACGCUUUACUCAUCACAUCGCACCAAUGGACCCUCAGGUGUGUCCGCCCCCCCUGAGCAGCAGCCAAUCGUUGAUCAGCGGCCUUGACAAAUCCCCAGCCAGCACAUUCAAACCUGGCCACUCGCGGAGCAGCAGCACCGGCUCCUCCAAAUAUUCAAAACAGUCUCGUCACUGGGAGGUGAUGGACGACCUGCAGCAACUAGAUAUGUAUUCAGUUCCCGGCUCCACUCAGGACCUCAGCAUCCCUGGGAUCUGUGAGGGAUACUUGAUGAAGAAGAGGAAGUACCCGCUCAAAGGCUGGCACAAGAGAUACUUCCUGUUGGAGAAAGGAAUUCUCAAGUACUCAAAGACGCAGCAAGACAUUCAAAGAGGGAAGCUCCAUGGCUCUCUGGACGUCAGCCUGGCUGUCAUGUCCAUCAACAAGAAGUCCAAAGGCAUAGACCUGGAUGCUGGAGACAACCUCUACCACCUCAAGGCAAAGAGCCAUGACAUCUUCUACAUCUGGUUGACCAAGCUGUGUGCCCACCGUGUAUUUAGGAAAAACGAGGCGAUGAGCGUCCACCAUGGCGUCCUUCACGCUCUCUCCUUGGGCCCGAGCACCGCGCCGACCAUGUCCACUCUCUCCCAGACAAACAGAGCAACGCCUGCUCACUACGCCAGCUCAGCAUCCAUGUACCAUCCAGAGAUGGCGAGCCCCGCCCCUGCCGUCGCCUCUAACCCAGGGGUGACCAGCAAGGUGUCGGCGUGGCUGCAACAGACCCACAACAUCGACGCAACCUCCAACGACCUGGCUCGCUCUCAGGCAGAGCUGACAGAACUGGCCCAGCUCAUCCAGCGACUCCAUUGGCUGGAGGGUGGCCUGCCGAUCACGAACUCAGACCUGGAGAUGAGGAUCAGCAUGCAGAAUCUCUCCCUGGAGAAACCCAAGAGGAAGGUCGGGAGACAGUUUGGUCACUCCAGGACUUUGUCCCGCGUUGAAGCCAUGGGGGGUUUGUUCACCUCCAGCCACCUGAGUACCAACGGUAACCCCGGUGUGGGGGCGUCUGUUCAGUCCAUCCCUGACUACGUCUACACUCAGUUGUCCAACCCUCAGGUCUCCUCACCUGAGGCCAAGAAGCUUCACCAGGAAAUCUGCACUGCUUCUCAGAAGGUUCAUGCGUCUCUUACGUCCGUUCAUGAGGUCUUGACCUUGGAGAGGGAGCGACUGAGGCAGGCGUGGACCGGCCCGGACAUGAGGGACAAUACCUCACAGCAGCUCGCUACACUCUGCAGCACACUGUCUGAGCUUGACAUACAGUCCCGUCUGACCAAAGUCCAUUCGCUUUCCCUGUCCUCUGACUCUACUGAGGAAUCCUUCUGCACCGUCCGUCCUGACCAGAGGACACCAUCUAUGGGUCGUCACAGUCAUCGCGCGCCCUCGGUGGCAGAUUCCAUGGCAGAGUAUUUUGACGCCAGCGAGGUGAUCCUGUGCGAGAGCUCAUCGGAGGCCGAGGCUUCGGAUGAGUCGGGCCUGAGUGACAUCACCACCACCAGCAACUCGGAGCCCGAAGAGGGACACGCCACUGCCACCCUGAACUACCGGGCCAGUCUGAGCAACGCUCCUGACGCACCCAGCCCACUGCCCACUAAUACUGGUCGUCGCACUGUCCUCCCCGCCUUCGGAACAGACAACAGCCACAUUGGCAUCAUGACCAUCCUGUACAACAACAUCGGCAAGGACCUGUCCAGAGUCUCCAUGCCAGUCGCUCUCAAUGAGCCAGUGUCGUUGCUGCAGAGAGUCAGUGAGGAGCUGGAGUACUCCGAGCUGCUGGACAUCGCCAACCAGAUCGAUGAUCCAUAUGAGAGAAUGGUUUACGUGGCAGUGUUCUCCAUUUCUGGAUAUGCCUGGGCGUCCUGGAGGAAUCGAUACAAACCCUUCAACCCUGUUCUUGGAGAAACGUACGAGAAUUACAGAGAAGACCGAGGCUUCCGCUACGUCAGCGAGCAGGUCAGCCAUCACCCACCCAUCUCUGCCUGCCACGCAAAGUCCGAAAACUUCACUUUCAAUCAAGAUCAGAGAUGGAAGAACAAGUUUUGGGGAAAGUCGCUGGAGAUUCUCUCUUUUGGACUGGUCAAUGUUACCCUGCCCAAGUACGAUGAUCACUAUGAAUGGAACAAGGCAGUGACUUGUAUCCACAACGUGCUGAGUCAGGAGCGCUGGAUUGAGCACUAUGGUGAGGUGGUCAUCAAAAGCACAAAGAGCGACGUCUGCACCUGCAAGAUCACCUUUGUCAAGUCUCGCUACUGGAGCUCCGACAACAGUAAGAACGAGGUGCAGGGUGUGGUUCUGGACCGGGCUGGAAAAGUGGUUCAUCGUUUUGGAGGCCUCUGGCAUGAGGGCAUUUUCUGUGAUACCCUACCCACACCAAAGUGCAUCUGGAAGCCAACUGUGCAGCCUGAUGACCACCCCCAGUUCUACGGCUUUUCACGUUACGCCAGAGAACUAAACGAACUGACGUCUGAGCUGAGUGCAGUCCUCCCGCCUACAGACACACGCUUCAGACCAGACCAGAGGCUCCUGGAGGAGGGGAAGGUAGCAGAAGCAGAUAAAAUGAAGGAUGAGGUAGAGGAGAAGCAGAGGGAGAGGAGAAAGGAGAUGGCCAAGAGAGGGGAGGAGCACACCCCCAGGUUCUUCAGGAAAUCUGUGGAUGAAGCCGGCAGAGAGGUGUGGCUGUUCAACGACACCUACUGGAAGCUCCGCAAAGAGCCGGGCUUCGCCAACACUGAAAACCUGGACCUGUGGUAGAACCCGGCACUUAGCUUAAUGCCGAGGAAUGACCCUAGCCAGGUGCUAAAAAAACAUUGUAAUAUAACGAAGAGGAAUAAUAUGCCCCUUUAUUAUUAAAAAUGAUGAAUUGUGCCCCAUGUUAGUCUAAUAACCUAUGCAUGAAUACACUGUAGUGACUCGUCAACAGAGAUUCAGAGCUCCGCUGCUACCCGUUACUGUCGGGAUGUAGAGGAGAAGGCCGUUUGAAGGCACAAAUGAACCUCUAAUUGAGUCUUUCUGUGCCAAGUAGAGGUGAGGUGCCGCUAUGGAACAAAUGAAGACUGAUUAUAGAUGAAGCCGGAUGUCCUUUCAGCCUUUGGCCUACAUCUCACCAUGAUGGAGCUCUUACAUAUAAUCAUUCACGAUUCAAAACAAAUCUUAACUUAAAAUCCAGUUUUUAUCGCAGCCCUUGAGAAAAUCGUUUUGUCAGGAUUGAGGCUGUAUGUGAAGUGUAUUGGUGGGAUGAAAUAUCAGAAAAUAAUGUUAUACUUUUGUUAGUUUAAUCAUGUUAAUAAUAGCAUUUUUUAGUAAGGCUCACUUGUAUGACAGUUGUGAUGGGAAAUCAGAAAUAAAUAGUUUCAGCAGGUUGCUUGUUGCUGUGGAGGGAUCCAGAACACAAGGAGGGGGGUAAUGUGGUCCUUGUGGGGUGUGUUGCAGGUGAACUGGUGCUGUCCUGCUCUCUUUCUCAGUGGGUCUUACUCUAUAAACUUGUCCAUUUGUAAAGUAGGUGUGUAUUUCAUUUUCUGACAUUUAAUCGUGACACAUUGGUGAGACGUGGUUUUUACUAAGUCUAGCAGACCUAGCCUUCCUCCUCUCUCUCUCUCUCUCUCUCGCCUGUAUGAUUUGUUGAUGUCCAGAAUGAGCCGACAGACGAGGAUUGCGCCUCUUGGACCAUUGCGCUCUGUUGAUGUAUGCAGUGAAGUAUUUUUAACGAUGUUUCAGCAAUGGAUUUUAAUAAGGAAAAGAGACUACUGUUAAAACCCAGUGACGUGUGUUUUCUUAAUGGUUUUGUUUCAAAUUAAAGGUUCCCCUAAUCGACACCGA